UAGAGAUUCGUCGUCACUUCAGAGUCUUGGGAGAUUGGUCUGGUCCUGUUGCGUGCAGGAAGGUCCAUGUCGGGUUGAUGAGUGGCUAUCUGGCUGCUGUAGGUAGUUCUUUCCGCGUGUCCAUGUAGCUACAUGUCGGAAGGUAUCUGUCUGUAGCCUAUAGGGGCAGGAAGGCAGGAACAAUGACGCAUGAUCGGAAAGUAUGGGUUUCCUGUUCGUGGGUUUCGUUCUUUCUUCCUCUGUCGAAUCGUCGAUGAACGUACUUUACUCACCUAACCCUCGAACCUGCCUCAACUUCCUCAAGAGUCAAAAGAGGGUCCCAAAGUCCAGGCAGCCGCUGACACACCAUCUCGCUUACCCCCGCUCGGUUUCCCAUACUGCCCGCCCUGCUAUCGACACGCAUUCUUAUCACAUUUCUUCCUUGUCCUUACUUUGGCCGGCGAGCUUUCCAUAUGACAUUGCAAGGUGCUGACUGCAUCAAAAGGAUGCGGAAAGAGAUGAGAAACAAAGUACUGUGCCGCAGAAUACGACCCCCAGCCCAAUCUCUCGUCUUUCGAUCCCGUGAGCUCUUUAUCAGCAGGAGAAGCAGACCUUCCCAACAUGCUGAUCCUAGGACUUCUGGCGUUUCUUGCUCGCCUUCCCUUCAUCCAAGGUUGACGGGAUGGAGUGUCGUUGGAAGAAGACGCGGCUACUCGGGGACUUUGCUGCCUUGCCAAGGCUGCCAUCCUCCCCCCUCCCCGCACCGGGGCUUUUGCAUGGGUUGGAUCUGGCAGCCGACGACAAAUCGGCCGCUCUUGGAUCUAACUCGCCGUCGUCAUUGCCAUUCUUUCUUUUCGUUUCAUCUUCUCUCUCAGUCAGACAUGAACUUGAGGUGUUUUCCGACCCGACUCAUGAUGAUGCACCUGCGACCGUUCGGCAUGUGGGCUGGAAGCGGGCCGUGGCUGUGAGAGACUGGACUUUUUUGGUGUUGUGUGUCAC